CAGUAGAUGUCGGGUCAAGAUAUAGUACCUCGUCUCGCUCACCCCGUUCACAAAGCAGCCCGUCUAGCGCUGAAUUUUCACCGAAGCUAAAUAGGAAGAAGACGGUCAUAACACCUAGUCAUCAUCCACCUCCAACAACUGCUCUGCCACUGAUCCCUCCUGUGGCACCAAUACCGGCGCCUGCUAUCUGAUACUAUCAACAAUUUCACACCUAGGAUAUACGCCUGCAACGCUCCUCGAUAUGAAGAUAUAGAAAGAGUGGACCUUUACAAUCUAAGCCAAGUUUUCUUAUAGUUUUAACUGUUGCAUCCCUCUUCAUUCGGCGCUCUGAACAUUAGGGUUUAUUGCGUCAUAUAUUUAUAUUUCAGGAGUAUAUACUAGAAUAUGGGCUUUGCUUAAGAUGUAUACAGAG